AGAACCAGCACAUUCUGGUUCCGCUGCGGAGCCCGCAGCAGGCCGGCCCCUGCACUGCGCCUGCCUGCCGGGAUGCUCGGGGAGACGGAGGGCGGGUCCCGCGCCGGCAGGCGCCGCCGGCACCGGCUCUCCUGAAUUCCUUCUGCCUUGUGACAGCCACGAUGGCAGGGGCAGGGCCGGGCCUCCAGGCUCUCAUCCGUCAGACGGGAUCGUAGCUGGGAACACAGGGAGCUCCCCGGAGAGCCCGCCCCAGCCGGAGGAUGGAGAACUCGUCGGCGGCCUCGGCCUCGUCCGAGGCGGGCAGCAGCCGCUCCCAGGAGAUCGAGGAGCUGGAGCGCUUCAUCGACAGCUACGUGCUGGAGUACCAGGUGCAGGGGCUGCUGAGUGACAAGACCGAGGGCGGCGAGGGCGAGAAGCCGCCCCCGCCCCUCUCCCAGUGGACGGCGGACUGCAGCGAGCAGCUGGACAGGGGCCGAGCCUUCCCCCAGGGACGCCACCCCCCGCAGCAGAACGGCGGCAAAGACUCCCUGGACAUGCUGGGCACGGACAUCUGGGCGGCCAACGCCUUCGACUCCUUCAGUGGUGCCACGUGGGACCUGCAGCCCGAGAAGCUGGACUUCAGCCAGUUCCACCGGAAGGUGCGGCCGUCGCCGAAGCAGCCGCUGCCACACAUCGACAGAGAAGGGUGUGGCAAGGGGAAGCUGGAGGACGGGGACGGCAUCAACCUGAACGACAUCGAGAAGGUCCUCCCGGCCUGGCAGGGCUACCACCCGCUGCCCCAUGAGGUGGAGAUCGCACACACCAAGAAGCUCUUCCGGAGGAGAAGGAACGACCGCAGGCGGCAGCAGAGACCCCCAGGAGGCAACAAGCCCCAGCAGCACGGUGACCACCAGCCGGGCAGCACCAAACACGGCAGGGACCACCAGAAAUCCUACCAGGGGGGCUCGGCCCCCCACUCCUCAGGGCGGCCCACCCAUCACGGCUACAGCCAGAACCGCCGCUGGCACCACAGCGGCACCAAGCACCCGCCGGGGGACAAGGGGGAGCCCAGCACCCACCGCCAUGCCAAAGAGACCCUCGCCCUGGACAGCCCCAAGGCCGAGGACGCCCCUGGAGACGCCGGGCCCUGCGGCCUGGAGCCGCCCCGCAGCCCCGAGGGCCUGGCUCCCGCCCCCUCUGAACGGCUGCUGCCGCCCCAGCCGGGAGCACCCGAGGCCGAGUCGAAGCGCAGAGACUGUGGGGGCCCCGAGAGACUCGGGGAGCAGCGCAGGGUCACCCUGCUGCAGUCCUCCAAGGACCGGCUGCAGCUGAGACUCCAGGACAAAGCUCCGGCCCAGGAGGACGUGAGGCUGGAGGGCAGCGCCCUGCAGCAGAGCAAGACGGACCGGCUGGCCGACAUCCUCAGCAGCAUGCGGGACAACAGCGGCGACGUGGACGCCAAGCUCAGCACCUUCAUGGAGGAGGCCCAGAGCUCCACCGACUCCGAGGAGCGGCUGGGCGACAUGGUGCGCGCCAUCUACCAGAAGGCCGUGUCCGACCGCAGCUUCGCCGUCACCGCCGCCAAGCUCUGCGACAAGAUGGCGCUCUUCAUGGUGGAGGGGACCAAGUUCCGCAGCCUGCUUCUCAACAUGCUCCAGAAGGACUUCACGGUGCGGGAGGAGCUGCAGCAGCAGGACGUGGAGCGCUGGCUGGGCUUCGUCACCUUCCUGUGCCAGGUGUUCGGCACCAUGCGGAGCAGCACCGGGGAGCCCUUCCGCGUGCUCGUCUGCCCCAUCUAUACCUGCCUCAGGGAGCUGCUGCAGUCCCAGGACGUGAAGGAGGACGCUGUGCUGUGCUGCUCCAUGGAGCUGCAGAGCACCGGCCGGCUGCUGGAGGAGCAGCUGCCCGAGAUGAUGGCCGAGCUCCUGGCCAGCGCCCGCGACAAGAUGCUGUGUCCCUCCGAGUCCAUGCUGACCCGCUCGCUGCUGCUGGAGGUCAUCGAGCUCCACGCCAACAGCUGGAACCCCCUGACGCCCCCCAUCACGCAGUACUACAACAGAACCAUCCAGAAACUGACGGCCUGACAGCCCGCGUGGGCAGCAGGGGCCCUGGCGCCCAGGGCCAGAUGGACGGGCGGGAGGACCGGGGCGACCCUGGCAGAAGGAAAACAAACAGGAAGGCUGGCGGCAGAGCCAAGGGGGAGGGCCUGGGCCCCCGGAGGAGCCCCCCUCUCUGCACCCCCCCAGCAUGCCGGGCUCGCCAGGGCUGCAUGUCUGUCUCCGUGGCCCCAGCCCCUCUCAGCCCGCUCCUCUCUCCCCCACUGAGGCUCCCCCGCGCGGCUUUGUGAGAGGGUCUCGUCUCUGACGGCGGGGGGCACCGCCUGGCUCAGAAGGCCCCCGAGGGCCGAGAAGUGGGUCGGAGACGGGCGCGCAUUGUUCCCCGGGCCGGCGGCCGCAGUCACCAGCCGGCAGUGGGUGGCGUGGAGCAGAUGUCCCAAGGACAAAGGCAGCACGGUCCCCACCAGCCGCCGUAAUUGACGGCCUUUGUCCGCCCCAGAGGGGCCGGGCGGGCGUCGGGCGGGGGUCGAGGCCACAGGCUGGCUCCCAGCUCUCCUCCCCGCGUCCCCCCAAGCCUCAGGCACAGGGCAGGAGUCUGCGGUUCCGCUCGCUCCCUCUCGCUCCCUCUCGGCAAAGCCAGAUGCUCCGAGGUCUCCUCUGCCCGGGAAAAUGGCCCGUGCGCGGCCCAGGGGUCCUGGAACCCGGCCCCUCUGCAAGGCUCCAGCCACAGGCGGCUCGCCAGGAGCCAGACAGGGCCGUUGGCAACCUCCGCCCCCCCCCCCGGGGCCGCACUGGACGCUCCCUGGGCCCGGCCUGCAGCACCUCCCUGGCCGCCGCGGGACCAGCACACCCGGCCCGCACCAGGCCUGGCGGGGAACAGGCCCAGAACCAGGCCGGCAAAGCAACACCAGAGCCUCGGGCAGUGGCUCCCUCUGUGUGUGCGCGGGCACAGACUCACACAGACUCACUCACAUGAACUCACACACACACAAGAACUCACACAUGCAUGUGCGUACACGCAUACAUACACAUGCACACACUCAUAAACUCACACACAUACUCAUACACACACUCACAUGCACUCAUACACACACAUAUACAUACUCACAUAAACUCAUACUCGCACACACAUACUCAUAUACUGCUCAUAUAUACACGUAACUGCUCAUAUAUACACGUACACAAACACACACAUACACUUGCACACACAUAUACAUAUACACACAAACUCACAUAAACUCACAUACCCGAACUCACGUACACUUGCACACACACACACAUACUCACAUAUUCAUAUACGCACAUACACUCACCACACACUCAUUCACGCACGUACACACAAAUUCAUACAUACACACAUAUUCAUAUGCACAUAUACCCACAUAUAUACCUACACACAUACACAAACACACUCACACGCAAAUUCACACUCACACCUAUAUACAAACAUACACACGCACAUACACUCACACACAAACACACACACACAAACACACACACACACCCAGACGGUGUCCUGAGCCCGUGCAGAGGGGAGGGCCCAGGAGAGCUGGGGAGGGGGGUGUGGGCGGCAGGGUGAGGACGCUCAGGCCGGCUCCUGUGUCCAGGGCUGCAUGCAGGGCCUUUCAGGAAAGGGACCCUCAAACUGGAGGGCCAGUGGCCACGUGGGGCUCUCGGCUGGGGAUGGGGCUGGGGGCCACGUAACCCCUCGUCUGACGUGUGCUGAGGAGGUUGAGUGAGGGUCCGGCUUUGGGUGGUGCCCGUCUCCCAGGCAUGGAGCCCCCCUUGGAGGAGCCCCGGGCCCAAACCCAGCACCCGCCUUACUUGCUCCUGGACUGAGGCUGCCUGGGUCCCUGGGGCCUCCUGGGGUCUGGAGAGGAAGGGGGGCUCAGUGUUCCCUGCUGGCCCACCAGCGGCCGUCACCCUCCUGGCCCAGGGCAGGGGCCAGCCAGGUCCCCUGAGAGCCUGUCGGGAGUGAGGCACGGGCCCUGGAGUAGUCGGGGCCCAGAGCAGGGCCCCCCCGCGGCUUCCCCGCUUCCCCCAGCUCCCCUCUGCCCAGGGCAGCCAGCAGGAGGCCCGAGGGCUGAGCCCAGCGGGUGUUGGUCUGUGCAGAGGACCCCGGGGAAGCCCCCGUAUUCAGGAGCCCAGCUGCCCUCCAGGGUUAGUGCCUGCUCAGAAACCUUCUCUGCCACCUUCACGUGGUGUGCACGUGCGUGUGUGUGUGUGUGUGUGUGUGCAUAUUUAUGUCUGCGUGUGCAUGCCUGAGUGCGUGCGUGUUACAUGCGUGUGCAUGCAGGUGUCUGUAUAUGCGUGUGUGCGCCCGUACAUCUGAGCUCCUCUGCUGAUCAGGAAGCCAGACCAAGAAUCGGGCCCCCCUCCCCCCCGGCCGCCCUCUGUGGGCUCCGAGAGGCCGCUCUAGGCGGGGACCCAACACCGUGCGCCCAGGAAGUGAGGGCUGAGGUGGCGGCCCGCCCCCGUGCAGCCCUUCCCUCCCGGACUGUUAGGGUCAAUUCCUUGUGGGGACAAGGGAGAUAUAAAUAUGUAAACACGUAUAAAUCUAUUUUUAACUACU